GGGGCAUCCAUUCAGAAUUUGUGACUUUGUGUGGGACUUGACAUAAAAAUAGAAUUGAUAGAAGAACCCCAAAACUUCGAUAACAUUCUUUCAUUUCAUUUCGUUCCGCUUCUCUUUUUUCUAUUCAUCAAUCAAUUCACAAGUAAAAGUGUGUAGCAACAGUACAGUUUGAAGAAAUGACAGGAGCCAAGAUUGUUGGUUCUGUUGCAGGAGCAUUUGUACUGGCAUUUGCAUGUGACCACAUUAUUGCUGACAAGAAGAUUUUUGGAGGCACCACCCCUUCAACAGUUUCAAACAAGGAGUGGUGGGAAGAGACUGACAAAAAGUUCCAGGCAUGGCCUCGCACCGCCGGUCCUCCAGUGGUCAUGAACCCAAUAAGUCGUCAAAACUUCAUUGUCAAGUCCCGAGCCGAGUCCUAAACGCUGCAAGUCUGCAACUGCUCAACAAUAAUUGAAUUUCAGCCAUGAGGUGAACCUUGUCCUUUUGUUUUUGUUCUCCAACACAAGUAAGUAUGAGCAUAAUUUCAUGGGAGACCAUCUUGUAGACUAUGUGGUGGUUUGUACCGUUUUUGUGUUGCUUGUUCAAUCUUUGAAGUUGUGUGGUUCGGAUCUUGUAGAUUUCUGCUAUAUUUGAACAGUAAGGUUGUAUUUCAUGUUUUUA